AUGAACUCGUACGCAAUCGUUCCGCCCAACCAUGCAACACCUUCGAAUAUCUCGACCGACGUUCACACCAAUGGUCUCGCUACUGGAUCCGCCAAACUCGCUCCCCGUCAUCCCUUACAAAACCGAUUAGAAAACUGGGAAAGCACUCAAGAAAAAUUCAAAUUUACGAUCCAAAAGGAUUUAUAUGGUGCUGCCUUUCCGCUUCGUCAAAUGAUGGAAAGGGAUUUGAUUAAACGAAGUACAACCACUCUGCCCGGACAAUUGAAGCCGUCAAACCUUCAUCUCGAUAUCCUGAUGGGGCGGGACGAAUUGAUCGAUGAAUCAAAUGCGUUUCUACCCAAUAUCGCAGUCGGGGCUGAAGGAUCAAGUCACGAUAAAUCCGACUUCCAUUCCCAAAUGGAGAAGAAAUACAAAAUUUGA